AAAAAAAUCAGCAAAUCAAUCGAUAAACAAGUAGCGAUACACACUUCGCAUUCGAUCGUUGUCGUCGCGAGUUUUUCUCGAAAGGAUUUUCUUGGAUUUUCCGUGGACAAUCAUAACGCCUGAUUCCGGAAGUGGAAGUGACGAUUGAGACGGUGUGCAAUUUGGUGAUCGGAAUCGGGAAGAGAUUCUCCAGACAAAAAGUGCCCGAAAAAGUAAGGUGGGUGCGUGAAAAUUUUCUCUGUGCUCCUUCCUGUUCGUGGGAGUGGAAAAUCAAUUUUUGUCCCCAUCGUUCCCGUCGAAAAGCUACCUUCCUAUAGGGAAAAAGGGGAAACGAUUCUGGUGUUCUGAAAUUCUGGAUUUGGUGCUUGUGGGCUGUGGAAGGAAAAUCGUCUUUUUUCCGUUCUUUCGGGUUUUGGCGAAGAGCAAAAGAACGGAUAAAUAAGAUCAGAGCAAUCGCAGCCGCAGAAAAUAUGUGAAGGGAAUCCAAGUAGCCUGAAGAGCAGCAGCGAGGGUGGCGCCAAGGCCUCCUUUGUGGCAGGCAGGCAGUGAUUUUGCAAUAUCCUUACCGCAAUCUGCAAAGCUUCUCGAGUUGAUUGAGAGAAAAAAGUGAAGGAAAAAUGUGUCAUUUGAGGGUGUUUGAAGCCGAGUAAAAUAUCAAGUGCAAGUGACGUGAUUUCUUUUCGAGGUGCGAUUCGUCCAUUGGACGACGAAUCGAUUUUGAUACUCAGUGGAUUGUGGGGGGAGCGAAGAGAAAAAGGGCAGAGUACCUGCACCACCAGCAGUUCAGAUCGAAGAACUUCUUGUCGACAGGAUAUUGAGCGGAGCACGGGGAGAAGAAUUUCCACACAGGAACGUAAUAGCGGAGAAUUACAAGCAGUGGAAGCACAUAAGUACGUAACAGUCCUUGAGGCCGAACGAAAGAUCGUUGAAUGACUCAUGGAAUUUGGAUCUUAAAUUUCUUCGUAUGUCAGAGUACCCAAACCGUCAACAGCAGCAGGGGAAGUUUGUGUUGUCACAGCAGAAUCAGUCCCUUCUGAAUCAUACUCAUAACCAUAUCCAUCAGCAGUUCGGUCGUCCGCUUCUCAGCAAGCAAAACUCACCCAUCCGACGUCCAUUGGCUUGCAACGCAAACUUCUGGCCCAACGGCAGCAAUAUCAACGCUAACAACGCCAACAGCAACAACAACAACAAUGCCCAUACAACUACGCCAACCGGAGCGUUGUCAACUGGAGUGCACGGCUUGUUUGGGGCACCCGGAAUCAACGGGGGCGGCGGUAGCCCAGGCCGUGACAGUCUGUUAAACGACGAAAACCUCAAAUCGAACGUACAGAUUGUGCUGGACAAUAUCAAUCGAAAUUAUCAUGCCCUGCGGGAGCAAAUACUGAGCAACAGUAAUCAUAAUAAUCUCAAUAACAACUGCAACAACAACAACGGUAACGUAAAUCCUCACCACCUAGUGCUGCUGCAGCGGCUGCAGAGUGUGAGUCAGCAGUUGAAGAGGACGGCAGGUUUGUCGGGACAACAGCCGCAGCAGUACCAGGGCAAGAUGGCGGCCAGUCCCGAUUCGGACACGAACUGCAAUCCGUACAUGCCGCCGUUGAGCUGCUCGAUCGCCUCGUCGCAGGAUUUCAGCCAUGACUACUCGGACUAUCAGUGGUUCAUGGAUUACGGGAGCUAUCGCGAUGGAAUCACCCACCAGAGCAUCCUGUCGGCGCUGUCCGCCUCGUACAACGGCAUCGGCGAGCUGUCCUACUACGAGGACCUCGCCAAGAACAUCGACGCCAACCUGGCCGAGGUGGACAUGGAGAGCUUCCGCACCGAAGACAUCCACUCGUUGCUCACGACGCUGCCGACGAUGUGCAGCGAAAGUGCCGAACUGCGUCGCAAUCGGAACAACAACCGGGGCGAUCUGAUCCUGGACACGUGGGCCGAAGCUACGGGGAAUCAUGGGGCCGGGAUCACAACGGUGGCCGACCUGGAGAACUCGAUCUGCAAGUCGAAAUUGCUAUUCUCGCCGGUGAAGGAGUCGCACAUCAGUGUGGACUCGUUGGACAUGGAUGGGUAUCCGGACGAGGAUGAUAUCAUACUGACGUGCCAGGCGAACAAGAACAACUACACGAUCGCGUUCGAGCAGAGCGCGCUUUACUCGGACGAGAGUUUCUACGAUGGUCCGGAGAAUUAUGCCAAAUACAAGCAUUUCAAUGUGCUUCACAACCUGGAUCACAUCAUCAGGAAGAAGGCUCAGGAAACGGCGAUGUCCGUUUCGGAAGUGGGUUACACGACUUGGAGUAAGCUCAGGAAAAAUGGACCGGGACAAAGGCUCCCAAUGGUGGCGACAAAUCCGUUACUCAACCACAUUUCCAGGCAUGCACCGACUUGUUUCGUACGAAAGAGCAUGAGCAUGCCAGAUCUUAAAGGAAAGUGCGAUGGAACGGAAACAGAUCAUCAUUCCGAAGAAGUAGAUCACAGCGCAGAGGCAUCAGAACACUCGCAUAAGGAUCAGCAGCACAGGCAUCAGUUGAACGUAUCGCAAGCGGCAAGCUCCGGAGCUACUUCCGGUGAGUCGUUCGGUAAGCAGAUGCGGACACUACUACCGAUGUAUCCGGUGCCCACCGAUUCCGGCAGCGAGAGUUCCGUUCCUCUGAAGGAGGACUGCAACUUGGACAAUAAUGAGGAGCAGCAACAGCAUCAACCGUCGUUCAAUUUGGUGAAGUUAUUCAUCAAACAGAAAAGCAGUUCGACAGACACCUGUAUGGAUGUUUCGUCGGGUUGUUGGCCGAGCGAUUCUACGAAUAGUGCUUCCGGUGGUGAGAACAACAACAACAGUAACACCAAUUUGGCUGUAGCCAGUUCAAAGGAUCGUUGUCGGAAGAAAAGCAUGAACGAUUCGGGAAAAUGUUCGAACCUGGGAAGACACGACGAGGAAGAGUUCCAGUUCGAUAGUCUGGAUGCACAAAUCAAUAACAAUAACAACAACAAUGGGACAACGCCGAUCGCCAAUGGGGACGAUAGGCAGGAUCGGACGAGGUUGAACGAUUUCAACUCCCCGGUUCAUAAGAGGAACUACAAGGCAUACAAUCUGAACAUCGCCAACAAGAAUCUCCCUGCGGUGAAUCCGGUGGUGUACAACCUAAUGAACAACAACAACAGUGGAGGAAGCAACGCCAGCAGCGGAACCAAUCUGAGCAGCAACAGUAUUAACAACAAUAAUAAUAAUAACAAUAGCUUUAAGGAUACCAACUCGGAUGCUAGUCGUACGUCGGAGAAUCUGACGCAAAUCUUCAACAACAGUGGCAAUAACAAUGGCGACGCUGCCGGUGCCAAAAGGAAGGUACCGAUCGAGAUGAUUACCAAGUCGAUGCAGACGUCGUUCAUCGGGACCAAGGAGAAGGUCCGCGUGGUACCUCCAUCAUUCCUGGAGCACCUGAACAAACUCGGUGACAAACAGAAGGCCCCGGUCUUCGUUGUGUACCCGAACUACGUCCUCCCGGAUUUGGGCUUCCUGAAGUCGCAAAACGAUGUCGUCAUUUCGCCGCUCUCGUUCAAAGAGAACUUCGCCCCGCGAACGCACCUUCGCAAAACGCGGCCAGUUUCGAUGAACGACAUCGAAAACCUCAAAGCCAAGGAAUACAAGCACGUGUUGGACUGGAAGUCGCUCAUAACGCUGUUACCACAGGAGUACCGAAAGCUGCUCCGUAAUAUUCCGGAGGCAAAUGCAUGCAGCAUUGCGGAGGACAAUGCUCCGCAGAAGCCGCUUUUCUGUAUGACUCCGCCCUUGCGCCGGGGUCGAGGAGUUACCUGUGAUUGCGUGAACAUGUUCAACACGCAGACCUACAAUAGCUCCAGUUCCGGAGGAAGUUCUAGUCAGCCGCCCAGCUCGGGCUACCGAGGUUCGUCUACGAUGUUGACGGACUCCGAGAUGGAUUUGUUGGGACCGAGCGGUAGCGGUGGUCUUAGCAAUAACUUGUACGUUUAUCAGUAUGACAGCCCAGCGGAGGUGACAUCCGCGGAAAGGCCGCCUUCGGGACGGGUAGCACCGAAAGGUAUCCUCAGGAAAACUUCAGUCCAAAGGCCUUCAUCCAAGGCCAAGAGAAAUAGCAUGUUUGAGGAGAAUCACAAAUCUGGUCAGCACCUGGAAAAACGACGGUCCCUGCAGGAACCGUGCUACAACUUCUCGGAAGAGAACCUCAUCUUAGAGGACUCAAUCAACGAACUCCCGGACAGUGGUCUUCGCAAAAUGAACAACUCUCCAAACAUGUCCCAGCAUCAAGCCCGUCUUCCCAACACACCCAAACUACCCUCGGCUGACGACUAUCAUCGGUUGAACAAACUUAACGAAAUGAAUGAUCUCGAACUGAACAAAGCUGUCAGCAGCAAACUGAACCGUGCUCAGCAACAGCAGAGCUUGGAAGAUGACUCGGAAGCCCGUACGCGUACUGAGCAUUUCCUGUCCAAUGUUCCAAAAUCAGAACUGAAACACUAUGCCGAGCUCGCUCAUUUCCUGGAAGCGACCACAGCAGAAAAUGCCAUAGCUCAGUCCGAGGAGGUUUACGACCGUCAGCGGUUAAGGCACGAAGUCAGCCGUGCGUUAUCUCAACGCAAAAAUGUGUCCUUCAACCAACCCCCAUCCGCCGGUCCCAUCAAUACCACUCCCGUCCGGCAACAGCAAGCUCAGCUGCUGCGACCGACGGAGAUCAAGUUUUCAACUCCUCCAAACUCGCCAAACAUGUCCGUUACGAUGGCACAGAAGCCACCGCAGAAGCCGACUCCUUCGGCGGUGCAAUCCCCUUCAAGUGCCACCGAACGGGAGAAGCAGGACAAGAUCCAAUCGAAUCGUUUCAAGCGGCUGCAGAUCCAGUGGGAACUGCUGAGCAAGGAGGGCCAACAGUUGAAGCAGGAAUUGCAGCAACCGCGAAGCGGUGGCAACACUCCUACGGGAGGAGCAAUGAAAUCUCGCAUUCCGCGACCCGUCAGCUAUCCGACCACUCGAGCAAACUCGGAUCCCAUGGUGAGCAAAACGUUGAAAUCGCCUAGCCGAAUUGUGCCGCCCAAGCGGUACAAUGCCGGUUCGCUGGGCACGGUAGCAGCGAUCGGUGGCCACCAGCAGCAGGCAACGACUCCGCCCACUCCGGCUCCCCGGACGCCCAACAAGCUACUGCAUACGACUCCAAAGAAGGCCGUCACCGCCGGUACGCCCAGGCCAGCAACACGCACACGGAUACCAGUAGGUUCUGGUCAAACGCAAGGUAAAUCGCUUCCCUCGUCGAAUGCAGCAGUGACAGCAGCAAAGGUAACGCCGAAGAAACCCUUGAACCACGCGGCACCGGCUGCCAGUAGUAGUCCCAAGGCUACCAUCCGGAAACCGGUCAGCAGCAGUAGUGGCCGUGACGCCGAAAAACCAAACAAAGGAGUCGUCAAAGUCUGAUACAUAGGUCUGAAACUGUAAGUACCGUAAUUUAUGUAGUUACACUCCCGGAUUGCUCGCCGUCGUCGGAGGAAGGUGAGUCCUUGGCCUUCUUCGUCCACGUGUUAGUAGUACUUGUACAGUAGUAGGCUUAAGGUGUAGGAUUAAUCAGAGCAAAGUGUGUGAACAGUGAAAAACAUGGGAGGUUGUUGGGAUUGUAAGAGCAAACGAUUCUCCCUCUUUCAAAGUGUUGAUAGAACAGAAGAAAAGCCCGUUUGGGAAAAUUGUAUACAACACUAGAAAUUUUGUAUGUAUAACAUUAGGGUGAAAAUAUCAAAGAGAUGUGAAGAAAAAUCGUACUGAAAUGCCGAGGAUCAAUGAGCACGGCGAACAACAAUGAAUAACUCUACUAAAUACUAGAGAACACUGUAAACUGAAAGCACCUUACGUUUCGGAUUGAUGUAAGUUUUCCUAUAAGUGGAAGAGAUGUGAAUAUUUUUGGCGCUUACGUUACGCAAUUUACGGUUAUAACACCCUAUAGCGAUAGUUGACUAAUUUAUUAUUUUUAUCUAAAUUUAACACACUGAUGAAAACUUAUUCAACUCCGCCAUUUUCCAAAACAGAAACAAAAAAAAGUGGGCGUGUGGAGUGUAAUGAUUAAUCGUAGUAAACUGUGCAUAUACUCUCUCUUGUAAUAGUGUAUAAAAUCCAAGCAAGCGUACCCACAUACACCGCGCUUAGGGCAAAACAGUUGUUAAAUCAGAUACAGAAAAAGCUUACAAAACUAUCGCCAACCAUAGAAAGAAUGGGUGGUAUAGCAGAAAUCGACAUAUGGAUAUUUGUUAAAGGAAAAAAAAACGAGAUAGAAAAGGCGCGUUAUAAAAUGAAUUCAACCCGCAUAGGCGCAACACAUACAUAUACUAAACACACACACGCAAAACAAAGCUAAGUCAUUAGGUUUAAGUAUUAUUGCAAUCGAAAGUAAGUAAGGAAGAACAAGAAAAACCAAGCUGAGAGUGAGAUAUUAGUAAAGUGAUUGAUUAGGGAAAAAGUGAGGAAAGGGAAAGUGCGCUAUCGAAUGAAAGUUUAUCUUGAUUUUAAAACAAACCUUUUUUGUGUUGUUAUUGAUUCAAUGGUUUGAUGUUUGAAAUAUUUUUUUAAUUAUCCAAUAGAAGAGCGAAAUACGAACGGAAUUGCUACGAAUGGCUUGCGAAAUUCUACUUCCUAAACUCGAAUAUGUUAUCAUUGGUACUGAAUCGAAAUACCUAGUUUUCCCUGUGUGCAAUUUGACGAACUAUCGAUUGACUUUGGGUCGUGGAUCGGUUAGAGCAAAAGAAUUUUCUUUGAGGGUCACUUCGUUCUUAUUUUUACCAUCUGAAUCAAGCUGCUGAAUUAUUAUAAUUACAGUUAACCCUCCAAAACUCAUUAUUUCGUAUCUCGAAUUCGAAAUAUAGCUUUUAUAAUGGUUUUAUAAUAAGAAUUCAAGAUAUUUCAUUGCUACCUUCAUGGAUUCAAUUUUAAAUUAAAGUUUGAAUAUGAUUUAGCCGUUGUUUGAGCGGUUAAACAUGUUAUAGGACCCUAUUGUCAAAUUCGACUUCGGCGUUUGAUCUGAAUGAGGGAGUACUAGGAACACUUAGAAACGUUUAGCAAAACGACCACCCUCGAAGAUUUUUCCAUCCUUCUCCACGCCACUAGGAAACAAGCUCCCGUUAGAAGUCCAUCCAAUGGGAGACCAUUUGCUUCACGGUUGUUCUGAGAGUUGGAAAAUUGUCGAGCUGUUGUGGUCUUUUGUUGCUUCCAGUCCCAAAAGAGCUUCCAAAAGUUUACGAUCUUUACGGAGGCUCAUGUUUUAGAAUAGAUCUGCAAUGAGCGAGGAUUUGGUUACUAAAUCUGGAACGGAAGGUUCAAUUCCCUGUUAAAUCGAGAUUCAAACUGUGAACUUUCUCAAUAAAUACUUAUUUGAAUAAGUAGGAACAGGUUCAGUGUGAACGUUGAACCAUGAAGAAUAAGAAAAGAAUCUUGAUUAUCAUUUAAUCGAGUGUAGUUCUAGUGGUAAAAAUAUGGAAUGAAACUUUCUUUGGAAACUUUUUAAUUCUGCAGCUCUAUAAUGAAUACGAUUUCUAACCAUGGAUCAAUCAACAAACGAAUAGUUAUUCUGCACACAUUGUUCAAUACCUAACUUAAAUUGAACAAAAUCCCGACCAUCCAAACAUCAUUCACUGAAUAGUAAGGAUCAGAACUGAACGUUAGUUUUCAAACUCCUACAUCGAAUUUUAGUUUUAAUAGAAUUGAUUCGCACCACCGUACUGGAGUUUGGUAACUGUACUCGGAAAACAGGCAAGUGCAUCUCUAUGACUCUGUCUCAUAAUGCUUCUACCAUGAAAAAAAGAUAUCUAAAGUUAUCUUUCCAUUUACAAGAAGCAUCAUUACAGAGUGAUGUUCGCGCACUUACCCGUCAUUUUCUCGAAUACACAUCGAACAGCAGUAUAGUAUUUUUCUUUCAACCGAAAAGGGAAUGCAAUGCAAUAGUAUCGAAUCCGAACUUGGAGAGAAAAUUCCAUUAGAUUUAAAUCGCAACGCCAAUACACAACUCGAAGCUUCCUGCGGACGCUCGUCCGCAGCAUUAGGGUGUGCCAUAACAAAGUCUGAAUUCUUUCCAUUUAUACUUGCUGUUAAUCUAUGGAUAGGUUUGGUUCCAACUUGCUUUGAUUUCAUCAUCAAUUGCUUCGGAUAUGUGGAAGAUAAUGUGAAGAGUUUCCAACACAGUGUAAGUACCCGGAAUGUGACAGUAGGUGCAACCAUUAGGACAGAGUGAAAGUUUUGCAAAAACCACCGCUUAAGAAAUUGUUAUGCGCUUCUUUUCGUUUUGCGUGUACCAUAAAGCACUCAUUAUCGUUCGGAAAUCUAAAAUAGUGUUUGGCUGUUCAAGCUUGACGUUUUCGGCGAUUUGUGCUUAUCAAAUGGCAAACUACAUUCCCAUUCUGUACACAUGUUUGUGAAGUUGUAACUCACUGUUUAUUCAUCUCACACGCAAAGUUAAAAAAAAAUACAAGCAAACGAUAAAUCAAAGCAUGAAAAUAGAAGCCUAUGUAAAUCGUACGCAAUACGAAGAUUAAUUCUCAAUAAAUGAAAGUAUAGAAAAGUUUGAGGCAAUAGGAAAGAUUAUUUUAUUUAUCAAACAAAACGAACACUAACUAAACAUGUCUUCUUUUAUUUGCGAACCAUUUUCAUUCUACUAUCAUCUAUUGUUUCUUUUCAUAAAUAAAAACUCGAAACGACCAAAAACUUUCCGAAACUAUUCGAAACGCUUUCAGCGAACCUAACACUAGCUGCUUAAAUUGUGUCAAUCAACUUUCUUUACUUAUACCUAUCAUAGUGCAAAACGGAAUGAUAUAUGAACGCUUAGGCUAAAUCAAUGAUCGACAAAAAUCAUCCUAACAUCCGAAUAGAAGAAGAGUCAAGAAUGUAGCUAUAUUACUAUAAACGCCUCAACGCUAGCAUAUUGUGGAACGCUUUUUGCGAUUGUUUGUUUUAUAUUUUUGAAAUCAUUUCGCCGCUUGCUUCUGAUAAAGAAAAUGAAAUCCAUUCAAAUGUGUAUUGAUUGAUUAUA